AUGGAUAAGACGCAACGCAUUGUCAUCGUCGGGGCAGGGGUUUUUGGCCUGUCGACUGCCCUCCACCUCGCAGAAGAUGGCUUCAGUUCAGUGACGGUUCUUGACCGGUCAAUGCCUCCCGUUCCUGAUGGGUCGAGCGUUGACAUUUCCCGUGUGAUCCGCUUCGAUUAUGGUGACAAGGUCUACGCGGAGAUCGCGAAGGAGGCGUAUGAUCUGUGGCUUAAUAGCCCUGAAUAUGCGGACUCUUUCCACCAAACUCCUUGUGUGUGGACGUCGCAGCGAACCGGCUCCGCUGGGUCAGUGCUAGCUGGUGGAUCGGAUUUCAUCAGAAAGACUAAAGUCAUUCUGGCUGAGCUGGGCCAGGAUUGGCACACGCUUGACGAUGCACAGGCAUUGAAGCGCCGUUUCCCUACUGUAUCAGGAACUCCUAUUGGAGAGGGCUUUGAAGGCUUCUACAACAACUCUGGUGGAUGGGCGGAUGCAGGACUUGCCAUUGCUGGACUGCGUGAUCGUUGUAUUCUCGCUGGUGUGUCGUUUGUGACUGGCCCUCAUGGACAGGUUACGGAGCUCGAAAAGGCACCGGAUGGAUCUGUCAAGGCAGUCAAGACGAUCAAUGGUGGCCGUGUUACCGGUGAUAAGUUCAUCUUGGCCACUGGUGCAUGGACUGCUGGUAUUGUGCCAACAUGGAAUACAAUGGCUGCAACAGCCCAGAUUGUUGGAUUCGUCCGACUUACCCCCGAAGAGGUCAAGAAGCUCAAAGACCUCCCCAUCAUCUUCAACUUGUCCACUGGCUUUUUCAGCUUCCCUCCCCAUGAGCAGACAGGCUAUCUCAAGGUUGCCUGCCAUAGUUUCGGGUAUACCCUUUCUUCCACCGACAAUAUUUCCUCACCACCCACUCAAGCAAUUCCCGCUCGCGCCAACUUUAUUCCAGAGGAGGGAAUGCAACGGCUCCUCGCUGGGUUGAAGGAGAUUGUCCCGGAACUAGUAUCAAGAGGCUUCGAAAAGACAUGCCUCUGCUGGUACAACGAGACACCGACUGGUGACUUUAUCUUCGACUAUCACCCCGACCAUAAGAACCUCUUUGUUGCCACUGGUGGCACUGGACACGCAUAUAAAUUCCUCCCUGUCAUUGGAAAGUACAUUUCUCGUGCUUUCCAGGGCCAACUACCCACCGACCUUUCCGAAAAGUGGAAGUUCAACGUCGAAUACCAAAAGCGUGCCAGAGAGGAGAUUUUCACUGGGGCCGCAAGUCGCAAUGGAGGUGAUGGAAGCCGCGGAGGACCAAACAGGAGGGAAUUCACGCCAAAGGAGAGAGACACUAUCAUGUCUAUGACCAAUGCCCUGUCCAAGAGGCAUUCUAGAGUAUAGAUUUUUUGUUGGUUUCGUGGUGAUUUUAUUUGGAAUUCAAAGCGGCUGUAAUAAUCUUAUCUAGAGUUGGAGUUGUCGGCCUUCUGUUAGAGUCUCUAGUACUAUUCAUUAUAUUCGCAAAGCCGGAUUUUUCAUCAAAGCCGUU